AUGGGACAAGAAGAGCCUCAAAAAUUUCCAUCAUUGAAGAGUGAACCUCUCAAAACAAAGGAGUUUUCUUUUUGCGCGCCAAAAUCUUUAAAUACAGCUACAAAUGAACAUUUAACGGAUAAAUGUAAAAGUGAAAAAGAUGACGAAAGAAAAGAAGAAUCAGAAGGGGCAAAAUCUGCAAAUGAAGAGGAGGAAGUGUCAGAUGUGCAUUUUGAACCAGUGGUUAAUUUGACUAAAAUUGAGCCAAAAACAAAUGAAGAAGAAGAGGAAGUUUUGUUUAAAAUGCGAGCUAAGCUUUUUCGAUUUAAUAAAGAUAAAGAAUGGAAAGAGCGUGGUACAGGUGAUGUUCGAUUUCUUAAACAUAUGGUUACAGGGAAAAUACGGUUAUUGAUGCGGAGAGAUAAGACUUAUAAAGUCUGUGCAAACCAUUACAUUCUUCCAGAGAUGAUUCUAAAGUCAAAUGUUGGGAGCGAUCGGAGCUGGGUUUGGACUGUUAUGGCUGAUAUGAGUGAUGGAGAGCCGUCAGCAGAAACUCUUGCAAUUCGGUUUGCAACGCCCGAAAAUGCAAAUCUUUUUAAGGAGAAAUUCAUAGAAUAUCAGGAAGAGAACAAGAAGAUAUUUAAAAGAUAG